GAUACAUUGAAGUCAGCUCCCAAAGAAUGCCACCCAAGGGUUUGAAGGGGCACGGUGCCUCUGUCCUCACAAAACCAGGCCACAUAUGAGUUUGCUGAAUUCAUUUAGGUCCUGCUGAAUCUUUCCCAUUUGUUCCUUCUCCAUUUCAAUAUUUCAAUACUUCCCUAGAGGGGCCCGACCUUCCUGGAGAGCAAAGAUCUGUUGUCAGAGGAAGAGAGCAGCCGGAGGAGGAAGAGGACUUCAGGAUUAGAAAACUGAAGCUGCAAGAACAGACUUGCCUAAUAACAGGGAACUUGUACACCUCGAAGUGGCAAUUCACACAGAAGGCUCCGUGACUCCCGAACUCCCACAAUUAUGAGGUGGUCUUUUUCAUGGUUUUUCUGAAGUUGCUAGAAGUUCACAGAAAAGGAAGUGCAGGCGCAUUUCACAAAUCUACAGUCUGUAAGUAUCACAUCCUAUAUAGCUGUAAACGCUGGAAUAAGGGCGGGCUGAUGACUUUCAGAAGAUGAAGGUAAGUAGAAACCGUUGAUGGGACUGAGAACCCAGAGUUAAAACCUCUUGGGAGCUUCUGAGGACUCAGCUGAAACAACGGCCACAGUUGGCAACACCAUCAUGACGUCACAACCUGUUCCCAAUGAGACCGUGAUAGUGCUCCCAUCAAAUGUCAUCAGCUUCUCCCAAGCAGAGAAACCCAAACCCACCAACCAGGGGCAGGAUAGCCUGAAGAAACGUCUACAGGCAGAAGUCAAAGUUAUUGGGACUAUCCAGAUCUUGUGUGGCAUGAUGGUGUUGAGCUUGGGAAUCAUUUUGGCAUCUGCUUCCUUCUCUCCAAAUUUUACCCAAGUGACUUCUACACUGUUGAACUCUGCUUACCCAUUCAUAGGACCCUUUUUUUUUAUCAUUUCUGGCUCUCUAUCAAUCGCCACAGAGAAAAGGUUAACCAAGCUUUUGGUACAUAGCAGCCUGUUUGGAAGCAUUCUGAGUGCUCUGUCUGCCCUGGUGGGUUUCAUUAUCCUGUCUGUCGAACUGGCUGCCUUAAAUCCUGCUUUACUGCAGUGUGAGUUGGACAAAAAUCAUACACCAACCACAAGUUAUGUUUCUUACUACUAUCACGAUUCACUUUAUACCACGGACUGCUAUACAGCCAAAGCCAGUCUGGCUGGAACUCUGUCUCUGAUGCUGAUUUGCACUCUGCUGGAAUUCUGCCUAGCUGUGCUCACUGCUGUGCUGUGGUGGAAACAGGCUUACUCUGACUUCCCUGGGAGUGUGCUUUUCCUGCCUCACAGUUACAUCGAUAAUUCUGGCAUGUCCUCAAAGAUGACUCAUGGCCCUGGAUAUGAAGAACUAUUGACUUCUUAGGGAAAAAAAGGGAGAAAUAUUAAUCAGAAAGUUGAUUCUUAUGAUAAUAUGGAAAAGUUAACCGUUAUAAAAAAGCAAAGCUUGAGUUUCCCAAAUGUAAGCUUUUAAAGUAAUGAACAUUAAAACAAAACAUUAUUUCACUGUCAUUUAA